AUGGUGAUACCAGUUGAACUAGGAGAGACAAGGGUCGAAACAAUAGUGGAUUCUGGUGCAGAAUCUGAUUUUAUCGACGCCAAGAUGGCAGAACAGUUGAAGUUAGAAGUGAAACCAUUAAAAGGAUUCCAAGUAGGAACUGCUGCUGAAGAUGAACCAGGGCUACAAAUUCAAGGAUUUGUUCAACUCAAGUUUAAAUUAUGUGGCAUGGAACUUAACAGGUUGUUGUUUGUGGUUCCUAACUUGCGGUAUGAUAUAUACCUAGGAUUGGGAUUUUGCGCUGAAUUCCAGGAUUCUAUCGAUUUCCAUGCCAGAACCAUAAAUGGGGUUUACAUAGACCACCUCCGAGAAGAACAGAAUGAAGAACAGAAGGAGAAACAAAACGAAGAAGAGAAGAAAAACCAAAACGAAGAACAGAAGGAAAGAACAGUACCAGAUGGUACCAUUAAGGAAGCUGUGCAAGUCGAAAUCAAGAGAAAGGGAAAGAUUUGGAGACAGCAGAGUAAAAAGAAAGUGCACAACCAGCACCUUACCGAAGAGAGUCAAGAUAGAGCAAAACUCGUAAUUAAGGAUCACGAUAGGAUCAAAAAUUUAACAGAUAGUAAUAAAGAAGCUCCUGAAUCAACGAAGGAGGACCACGAUGAUAAAAUAGAAGAAACCGCAGAACCAGGCGAAUUAGCAACCACCAUCAUGAUGAACAACAUUGAAUUGAAUCGUUGCUUAAAAAAAGCAGAGACAGACGUUGCUAUUGUUUUAGUGAAAGCUAAUUCAUUACCCAUCAAAGAGGAACAGGUGAUUCCAAAAUUCAUUGAAGAAGAAUUCAGUGACGUAGUUACAGAUGAACUACCAAGAGGAUUACCCCCAGAACGACCCAUAACUCAUACUAUCACAUUGAUUCCGGGAAAACCACCACCACAUAAAGCACCCUACCGGUUAACGUGGGAGGAGAAGCAAGAAUUAGAGGUCCAGAUUAGCGAAUUACUUGAGAAAGGGUUCAUUGUUCCACAGGCCAGCCCAUAUGGGGCUCCCGUUAUUUUUGUAAAAAAAAAAGACGGCUCAAAGCGCCUUUGCGUUGAUUAUAGGGCUCUCAACGAUAUAACCGUCAAAGAGAGGUUUCCUAUUCCAUUAAUUGAUGAAUUAUUUGAUAGUCUUUCUGGUGCUACGAUAUUUAGUACUUUGGACCUCCAUCUGGGGUAUCACCAGGUGGCUAUUGCAAAAGAAGAUCAGGAAAAGACAGCAUUCGUCACGCGGUUCGGACAGUAUGCCUGGAAGGUGAUGCCUUUCGGGCUCUGUAACGCGCCCGCGACGUUUCAACGUCUUAUGAAUGAUAUCUUUAUGGAUACUUUUGAUAAAUAUUUGAACAUUUACUUAGACGACUUGAUUAUUUAUUCGCGCGACAGGGAGUCACACGAGAAACACGUGCGUGAAGUGUUGACACGUUUGAGAAAAAAUGGGUUGAUCGCUAAAAAGAAAAAAUGUCACUUUUUCCAAUCCAGUGUGAAAUACCUUGGUCAUAUCAUCACAGAUAAGGGAAUCGAGCCAGAUGAAGAAAAGAUUGCAGCUAUCAAGAACUGGCCACCAAUCAAAUCUGUGAAACAAGCUCAAUCAUUUUUGGGUCUAGUUGGCUAUUACCGAAAAUUUAUCCCACAGAUGUCUGCCUUGUGUGGGCCUAUCCAUGACUUCAUUGCAGGAAAGCUGAAUUGGGGUACUGAUCAGCAAGAAGGUUUUGACAAGUUAAGAGAAUCAUUAACUAAAUCACCAAUACUCAUUCUACCAUCACAAGAGGAUACAUUCGUUGUGUUCACAGACGCGUCUAAUCUGUGCUCGGGAGCUGUAUUGCACCAAGUGGAUAGUGCCGGGAAGUUCAAGGGAGUUGUUGCAUAUGAUAGUUACAAGUUUGGGGUUCACGAGUUGAAGUAUACUGUACGAGAAAAAGAAUGUCUUGCCGUUGUUAAAGCGUUACGGAAAUGGAAGCAUUACUUGGCUGGCAGACGUUUUAUCCUAUACACGGAUCACGAAUCAUUAAGAUCAUUACAUUAUAACAAGGAUGCCUUUGGUAGAAUCAAUCGUUGGAUCGGUUUUUUAGCCGAGUACGACAUGGAGAUUAGACAUAUUAAAGGGUCACGUAAUUCAGUAGCAGACGCUAUUUCGCGGGCUCACAUCAAUGAAAUUUGUGUACAACCAGUGGAAAUGGGUAUUUCGGUGAUGCUGGUUCAAGAGUUAGAUCCCGUUAAUGUAACAGAGAUCAAAGAAGGGUACAAAGCAGAUUCAGCGUUUAGCAAGAUUUAUACCGUAUUGAAAGAUAAGUUAGAGAUUCCCGUGGAAUUGACAAAUAUUGUGAAACACUAUGUUCUUGUGGAUGAACUUCUUUACUUCGGGUUACUUCCAUCAGAGAAAAUCCGUUUGUGUAUCCCUGCAGGGAAUAUCCGAAAUCAAUUGUUAUACCAAGCUCACGAUACUACCGCAAGUGCCCACCAAGGCGCACUCAAGAUGCAUGAGUCGAUCAGUCGCAACUACUACUGGCCAAAACUAUUCAGGUCUUGCCGUCAAUACACCGACCACUGCACCACGUGUCAACGCUCAAAGGCAAGUACAGUGAAAACUGCAGGUCUUCUCAACCCACUUCCUGUUCCGAAAGCAAGGUGGCUGCUGAUAAGUAUCGACUUUCUCACUGGCAUCCCAACCACUGCUGCUGGGUAUAAUAUGUUAAUGGUUGUGGUAGAUCGCCUUACAAAACGGGCUCACUUCAUUCCGACCGUGAAGACGGCUACCGCCGUAGAUGUGGCCCAACUUCUAUUGUUACACGUUGUGAAAUACCAUGGAAUGCCCCACUCAAUUGUAAGCGAUCGUGAUGUUCGCUUCAACAACAGUAUUUGGCGUACUUUAACUGAACGAUUGGGAAUUAGUUUAAAGAUGUCAACCUCCCACAACCCUCAAACAGAUGGUCAAACCGAACGGUUGAAUAGGGUAGUGAAACAGACGUUGCAAGCUAUCUGCCAGAAUCACCCACAAGACUGGGAUUCCUGCCUUCCAGCUGCAGAAUUUGGGUAUAACAACUCCUACCAAGCUAGCAUCAAGUGUACACCGUUCUACGCGGAUCUCGGCUUUCACCCCCGCUACAGUGGAGUGUUAGCUCCUGCUAGUUCCUUCGAUGCCCAGGCUAGCGUAUUGCUCGGCGAGGACUUUGCCGACCACCAACAUCAAGUUAUCAGAGUUGUCCAGGAACGCAUGUUCGAGGCUCAACAGCAACAAAUGAAUCAAGUGGAUCCACACCGUGGUUAUGUGAUCUUCCAAAAAGGAGAUCUCGUCCUUCUUCACCGGGAUAUAUUGGGAGGGGGAGAGCAGGACAAAUUUAACUUUCGCUAUAUUGGUCCAUAUGAAGUUAUCGAGAAAGUAAAUGACAACAGUUACAAAAUCAAACUCCCACCAGGUUCCAGGAUGCAUGAUACAAUCAACGUUAGACAUUUACGGAAGUAUAAUCCCCGCGUGAAGGACUACAUAAAUGUACCACCUACAGAAGCUGAGGAAAUCAGACGUAAUAUCGAGGAAGUGUCCAGCAUAGUCAGAGUGUUUGAAGAUGGAAGUUGCGAAGUAACCUGGACAGAUUGUGAUAUAAACAACACCUUGAGAAUUCCGCUAGUAUGGUUACAACAAGACGACAAGAAAUGGAGAAAGUUAAAGAAACAGUUCCUAGAGACAUAUGGACAGAGUUUGGAAUGUAAUCCAGAGGAGGAGAGAGAGAGCAUUAAUCCACCGGUUGUAAUUCCAGAGGAAAUCAGGUCUAGAUCUGAACUAGACUUUGCGUCCAGAAGAGUACAUGCACUUAGCCAAAAGAAGAUGGCCAGUGGUGAUCCCCGUUUCCAACCGAAGCCAACCCCCCGGAGAAGAGGGCCUGGAUAG